GAAUGGAUGGGUGGGUUGGGGUGUUCGGCGCUCGCUCUGUGUUGGCCGUGUGCGCGCGCUGAGCCGUUGAGCGGGGGCGGUUGGCUCCCGCGCUGAGCCGUUGACCCGGGGGGGGGGGGGGCGAUUGGCUCCCGGGCUCCGGGAAGCGACGGGGGGUGUCGCACUGUAUGCUGGGACUGUAAUGGCGCGCGUUUAAAUUGACGGGAAUGGGACGGGACUGAGGAUGAAAAGGUUCAGUAAAUACGAUAACGCGAAGGAGAUUAAGAGGCAGAAGCUGCUAAGAGAGAUUGGAGACCAGAAGCUUCCAUAUUUAACACCCAAAGAUGUGGAGUUUCAACAGCUGUCAAAGGCUAAAUAUUCCAAAUUACACUUGAGACAAGCCAGCUGUGUACCUGAGGAAAUUCAUCAAAAAGUUCAGCAAGGAUUGACAGCUCUGCGAGAUUACAAAUGUUUUGCACAAGAUCUUGUUCAAAUAAAAGGCAAAGAUGUUCUUACACCAGUUUAUCGACUACUUGUAGGAAACCCAGGCCACACAUAUCGCUACUUGGAUACAAGGCUGUUUGCAAUACCUUGGCCGACCCAUGGUGUUGAGGUGAAGUACAGCAGUGAUGAAAUAGGUAAAGCCUGCCAAGCUAUUAAAGAUCUUAAUGAAUACUUUAAUGCGGAAGCAGUGAAGAUUUUGUUAGAUCAUUAUUCAGCUGUGAAUAAGGAAAUGGGAUUUGUGGAGAAGACAACAACUUCUACUUCAGUUGAGGGCUCCGAGAGUGUGAAAGGAGUUCAUUACAGUCAACAAAACAAUGCUGAUACUGCGCUAAAAAAUAGAACAUCCUUUAAUGUGGCUCUUUUGAACUACAUGGACCCUUCAAAAAUGAAAUACUUAAAAGAGGAACCUUAUUUUGGAAUGGGAAAGAUGGCUGUGAGUUGGCAUCGUGAUGAGAACCUGGUGGAAAGGUCAACUGUUGCAGUGUAUAACUACAGCUGUGAUGAUUUAGGACCUGCCUCGGAUGAAAGCAACAAGAACUCAGUUGAGGGCAGAGACCCAGCACUUUGGCAUGUUGGCCUAAAAAUAGCCUGGGACAUUGCAACACCAGGGCUGGCAUUGCCGCUAUACCCUGGCGACUGUUACUUCAUGCUUGAUGAUCUUAAUAUGACCCAUCAACAUUGUGUGCUGUCUGGAAUGCAAUCUCGAUUCAGCUCUACCCACAGAGUGGCAGAGUGUUCAAGUGGUACAUUGGAUUAUAUCUUUGGACGAUGUGAUGUAGCCAUGAAAAACCUGCAAAAAGAUUCAACACUGGGCAUUUCCUUCCUAACUUCCUUGGACCUUGAAUUUGUGAGACAAACAGAAGAGAUCCACAAUGAGGUGGAGUUUGAGUGGUUGCGGCAAUUCUGGUUUCAAGGAAAACGUUCUGCAAAACAGAGUGACUGGUGGUUUGGACCGAUGGCUGUGCUGGAGAAUUCCUGGAAAGAAAUGGAGCAAAUGACAAAGCUUCUGCUGUGUGAAAUCAAUAAGACGGGAUGGAGUUUCGAGGAAAAGCAGAAAAUUAUCCGUUGUCUUUUGCCACUCCUUGAAGAGCGACAAGAAUUGAGAAAGAUCUGGACGGUAAGGUGUCAGUCCAGACUUGCCAAUAAUCUACCCAUUGAUGAGCAGCCAGAAUGUCGCCCUUACUGGCACGAGGGAGAUCCUAACAUGCCUCUUCCCUUUGACCUGGAAGAAAUUAUUUCACUUUUGAGAAAUCAGCUUUUACAUGAAGAUGAAGGCGAUAAGAACUGAAAUUUCCUUCUAACUCCUCAGCUGAGAAAACUGGAAAAACCGGACUUCUGCUUUCUGAUUCAGCUCAUCAUUGUCACUGUAAUAAAAGAUUGAUUUUAAAAAAA